UUUAGCCUCAGCGGCUCAAAGUUGAACGGGAUUCGUAUUAAAAGACAGGAGCUGAGUCUUGUUUCUGGACUUUAAAUGAAGCGUUAUCGGUCUGUGUGAUGGUGAGAUGACUUCCAGUUUCCUCUCUGCGUUAAACAUCCUCACCAGGCCACUCGGAGAGUCUGUGCACGAUGCUCAGUCCUCGGACCAGGACGUCCUGCUGGAAGCUCUGCAGACCAACAGGAUCCGUGUCCUGGAGCAGCUCCAGAGCGAGAGCAGCUUUGAGGCGGUGAGGAGGCUGAGGGAGGAGGUGAAGGCGGAGGCCGUCUGGUUCUGCAGCGACACCGAGGAUGUCACGUGGGCCUUCGUGCAGGAGUGUUUCCUGCUGCUCCUCAGCUUAGGCCGACACCUGUCUGAGGAGCUGGAGCGCUUCCAGCAGACUCCGCCCCCGUCUGCAGCAAACCGUGGCGGCGCUGAGAUGGCUCCACCUUUACCGCCGGACGUCCUCAGCGUGGCCCAGCAGAAGGUUCUGGGGACGGCUCUGCAGUUUGUGGUUUCUCUGGGACUCUGCCCCUACCUGGCCCCUGGAGUGGGGGUUCCUCUGGGCCGCAGGUCGGCGUUUGGGGCCUUGGUGGAGAAACUAGUGUGCAGGGGGGCGGAGCCUGCAGGAGGGCGCCGCCUUCUCAUAACCACCAAUGUCCUGUUGAAGCUGGCGGAGCUGACGUCUCUCGCCACGUUGGUCUUCACACGACAUCUGGGGGACGUGAUGGCAGCGCUGUGUCAGCUGGGACACCAGCCGCACCGGGAGGAGGACAGGCCACUCAGUGCUGAGGAAUGUCGAAUGUGUAAAGACGCCCUGAGGAACCUCCUGGGGAAAGUCUACCAGCCGAUCAUCAUCAAGGAGCUGCUGGUCCUCCAGGGUGGACCCAAGCAGUCUGGUCCAGUUGGUGGCAGCAGAGCAGCUCUGGGAUCAGCUCCCGCUUGGCUGAGGCGUCUGUGUGGUCAGCUACUGUCCGAGCGCCUGAUGCAGACCAACGGUGUCCAGGCUGUAGUCAGAGCCGUGCUGGAGGGAGGAACAGGAGGCGAGUCCGACUGGAGGAAAUGUGACGCUGUAGCUCGGAUCCUGGUGGCUUGUCCUCAACAGGCGUCAGCAGACGUCUACUUCAGACUCGUCUGUCCUCAGAUCCUCGACCUCCUGCACUUCAAGGACAAGCUGACGGCUCGACAGUUCCAGCGCGUGGCCACCAGGGCGGCGCUCACUAUGCUGCAGGAGAGGCCCAGCUUCGCCCAGCGCUACCUGCUCAGCCCCCUCCUGGCUCCACUACAACACUGCACCACCUCCUCCAAUGACGCUGAUUCUCCGGAGGCUGUGGAGGAGUCGGAGCUGAGUCAGUGUGUGGACGACGUGUACAAGAUCUUUGUGGUUGGAAACGCUCCGUCGCCGUCUCUUCUAGAAGAACUGCUUCCUGUCGUCUUCACUCUUUUCUGUUUCACCAGACAGAACGUCUCCCACCUCCGCGCCCCCUGCCAGGAGAUUCUGUUGUGGUACUUGAGCCACGCUGAGACGCCUGCAGCCCUGUCGAUGCUGAGGCAGCUUUCUGGUCUCCAGGGGCGAAGGAAGGAGGUGGCGCCAGGUUUUCACUUCACCCCAGGCAGCGAUGGAGGAGCCAGACUCAGCUCCAGAGUCGGAUUCAGCGACGAGGACGACGAGCUCUACGAGAAGCUGGCGGCGGAGCAGUGGAGGCUGGAGUGUCUGAUUCAUCUCCUGGUUGAACUGAAAGACUCUGACCUGCCUGGAGACUUGUUCCUGGACCUGCUGCAGGAGCUGACGAGUUGGACGACUGCAGCAGACGACGAGACGAAGGAGGAAGAGACGAGGGACUUGUCGGCCAUGACGCUGCUGGAGGUGGAGCAGCGUCUUCAGGGUGGAGCUGAGAGACGAGGCCAGAGGCUGGCGGUGCUUCAGGUGCUGGCGCUGAUGGUUGAAUCUCUACAGCACAGCCAGCUGCUGAGGAAAACCACCCAGGUGGUGGACUUCAUGGUGUCCCUGCUGCAGAGGGCAUGUGUUGGCCUCGGCCCGGCUGCAGGACCCGGCGCUGAGAACCCGGUGGAGAACCAGACUCUGAGCAUGGGCAUGGGCCUGGUGGCCACGCUGCUCUCUGGACCUCAGCUUUCUGCCGACGACUUCUCGUCCAUGUCGCGGCUGCUCCUCCCUCUGGAGACGCUGUCUCAGCAGCAUCCAGACGUGGUCAUUCAGGAGCUGGCGUCCAACCUCAGAGCCGUCAUCGCCACUCAUGGCGCCUACCGUCCUGAAGACCUCACCGCCGCCGCUCAGCCGUCCAGGAAAACACCUGAGACCACGGCUCCAGCUAAAGCAGACGACCCACAGACUCCCGCUAACGUCCCCCCGUCCUCUGCAGGCUCCAGGACGAGUCCUCGCCAGAAUACCAAACCCUUUUCUGAUUGGCUGCUGGAAGCGUGUGACCCUGACGUGCCGACCAAAGCCUUUGCCUUGAGGGUCCUGACCCAGAUGGUACAACACGGAGACCCAGAGGCCGUCCAGGCCCGGGAGAAAGUCCUCACGCUCUUCUUAGAGAACCUGGAGCACGAGGACUCAUUCGUCUACCUGUCGGCCAUUCAAGGUCUGGCGUCUCUAGCUGACUCCUACCCCGACAGGAUCCUGGAAAGACUCCUGAAAGACUUCCAGCGUGGCCCCUCCCUCCCGUCCUCCAACCAGGAACGCUCCCUGGAAACCCGGCUCAAAGUGGGAGAAGUCCUGAUGAGGGCGAGCCGGGCCAUGGGUGAGCUGGCGCCGCACCUCGGCCGUCCUCUGGUGGGCGUCUUCCUGCAGGGAACCAGAGACCCGGACCAAGGCGUCCGAGCCAGUAGCCUGUCCAACCUGGGGGAGCUGUGCCAGAGACUGGACUACGCCCUGGGACCCCUGGUCCAGGAGCUGAGCUCGUGUCUGACGUCUCUGAUAAAGACGGAGAAGGAGGCUGAGGUGAGGAGAGCUGCCGUGCACGUCAUCGUGCUUCUGCUCCGAGGCCUCAGCGACAAAACCACCCAGGUCCUCAGGGACGUUCUGUUGGACCUGUACCGAGCUCUGAAGUGGGUGGUUCGCUCGGACCCGGACCAGGUGGCCGUGCUUCAUGCUCAGCUGGCUCUGGAGGAGCUCGACGACGUCAUGAGAAGGUUCAUCUUCCCUGAGCAGAAGCUGGAGAAGAAGAUCGUCGUCCUGCCGUAGAACGUGGAGACAUCCUUUCAAAAUAAACUCUCGUUCAUCGUGUUUUCACCACGAGCCUCUGGAGUAGGAGAUAAAAACCAACGGGUGCAUUAUUGUAGGAUUUACUUACGCACCUUCACAAUAAAUGACAUGUGUGACAUUAAACAGGAUCUUUGUCCCAAGUUAAUGACUUCCUGUUCCUUGUGUUCUCAUGGAUAUCUGGUGAGUGCUGAAGCAGGAAUCCUCUUAAAUCUGUCAGAGUCGGAGCUUCGUCUUUACGCCUCUGAAGACCCGAUGGUGAAGCAUAAGAUGACAUGAUUUCUUCCUCAGUUCACACUAACAUCACCCUGAAGUGGAGACGGGACAAAAGCUGGACGGCUUUAUGUACACGAGGUCCUGGAGGGUUUGAACAGAGUCGGCUCGGAGGCUGACGGAGAAGAAUGGGACAUUCCUUCUUUUGUUUCAUGCAACGGAGCGAGAGGCUGAUGUUGUACGAGGCGCGACCUCCACGUCUCCCCCUGUGAGAACGUACAACAGACAAACACCAGGACGUCCAGACAUGUUUGCAGUGCGUGGAUGUUUUACGACAAGCGUGGAGUCACCGAGGCAGGAAGAGUUUGAAUUAAAAGGCUUUUCUAAUAGCGAAUAUAGUUUUUAUUCAUUUCCUCGUUAAAGUGCCAGUCAUGCACUUCAGCUUCAUGUCUCUGAUGGAAGGUUGUGAACUAGUAGCAAAAGAGGAAGUGACUUAAACUGCUGCUAAGCAGAAGAACAGGCUGAAAGUGAUGAAAUAAAUGGUUUAAUUAAGUAA